UCGCAAGGUUAACGCCACAGCUCCAUCCACAUCACGAUGCCACUGCUACCGCCGCCGCCGCCGCCGACGGCGCCUCCCGGGCGCGGGAGGCGGAGACUGGGCAGCCGACGGAGGCGACGAUCAAAGAGGAGGAACUGGGCAGAGCUGCCCCUGGACGUGAUGCUCUACGUCCUCCACAAGCUGGACGACGUCGAGCUCAUGUUCGGCGGCGCGGCCAGGGUGUGCCGCUCCUGGCACGACGCCGUGUGCGAGCCCGAGCUGUGGCGCCGCGUCGACAUGCGCGGCCGCUCCCGGCGCUUCCGGGAGACGGUCAGCCUCAACAAGGUGACGCAGCUCUCCAUUCGGUUCAGCGCCGGGCAGUGCCGAGAAUUCUUCGGCCAGCAGGACCUCGACAACGACCUCCUCCUCUUCCUGGCCGACCGGGCACCCUUACUGAAGAGCCUUCAUCUUACCAAGCAUUGUGAUGUAACCAGUAAAGCAUUGGCAGAGGCAAUGAAGAAAUUCCCUCUGUUGGAGGAGCUCGAGCUUUGUGAAUGUGAGAGAUAUGACACGUGCGUCUUUGAGCUUGUUGCAACGGCUUGUCCACUACUGAAGCACUUCAAACAUGUCAACGAUCGAGCAUAUUCGUGGUAUUAUUGGGAACGGGAUCUAUACCCCGUCGACAACCGCGAAGCCUUGGCAAUUGCAAGGAUGCAUGAGCUACGGUCCCUGAAGAUUUUCCACAGUGGCCUCGACAACCAAGGGUUGACAGCCAUCCUUGACGGCUGCCCUCACCUGGAGUCCCUUGACAUACGCUACUGCAGCAACAUCAUCAUGGACAGCAGCAUGCGAGCAAAGUGUGCCCGUGUUAAGACGAAGAAGGUGUAUCCAUAUGCGCCAACUGAUGACUGGGUGCGUCCUCGGUCUGGCAUCCAUGAUGACUCCAUCGAUGAUUCUUCCAAGUAUUUCGAGCCUGGCAGCCCUGUUAGUAGAUGUCAUUCUCCACGGGAUAGUUAUUGGUGGUUUCGCAGCAAUGGUGAGGAGCCCGACUGUCGGUUUUUCAAUGUGGAGCCUUGUGACUCCGAGGACUCUGAUCAUUCUCGCUUCUUUAGUGGUGCCGAGGAGACCGAGUUUGAGUACUGGAGGAUCUGAAGGACUGGUGUACACAACAUUUGGAUGUUCUGAUGGAAGUGCCCCAGCCAGGCCAGGCCAUAUGCUGCACUCUCCGGUAUCCGGUGCUUUCUUGCUCUGAUUUUGGCGGCAAUCCUGGUUGUGGUUCACCUCUCUGCAUGGAGUUUAAAUCUUGUUUAAUUUCUGCAUACAGAAUCUAUGCAGUUUUAAUUUUGAAUUGCCCAGAAUGUAUAGAGCUCAGAGCAAUAAAAGAGGUCGGCGAUGUUUUACUUGAGUUUGUAUGAAACAAUCAGAGAAGGUAAGAAAAACACAAUGCACUUGCCAAACUUUCGCCUUUGGAAUAAGAGCUUUUUACUUACUACUAGGAUUAACUUCAGCUGCAUUUCAGUGGAUGUAAAUGUUAUGCUUUGUUCGAUUUCAUCGAUCAAAUAUGUAUAGCUUACUAAUAAUCAGGUAAAUAUCCAUGAAAACUGUCACAUACA